AAAUGUUUUGCCUCGACAAUAUAUUAUCUUGCCUUGCCUUGACUUAAAUAAUUACAACACAAUUCUCACUUCUCUUGUUUACACAGUAGUCAAUGUCCACUCUGGUUGGCUUCUUAAAGGGAUAGUUCACUCAAAAAUAAAAAUUCUCUCAUUAUUUACUCACCCUCAUGUCAUCCCAUAUGUGUAUGACUUUAUUUCUUCUGCAGAACACAAAUAUUUUUAGAAGAAUAUUUCAGCUCUGUAAGUCAUUACAAUGUAAGUGAAUGGGUGCCAAAUUUUUUAAGCUCCAAAAAGCCCAUAUAGCCAUCAUGAAAGUAAACCAUAUGACUCCAGUGGACUAAUUAAUGUCUUCUGAAUCAAAUUUAUAUAAUAUAUUUCUACUACUAUAAAUAAUUUAGUUUGGUACAAUGAUAUUUGAUAGCUGAGGAUGUUCAUAGGCUCUUUUGCACUGACCUGUUACAUUCAAUGGCAAAAUCUGUAACAAAUCAAUGUAACAAAAAUGGAAAGACAAUGUCAUGGAUUUUUGGUGUAAUUUAUUACAAGUUACACCAAAACUGAAUGAAACUACCAAAAUGUACUCAUUCAAUAUUAUAUAAGUAGGCCUUUAUACAUUUCAAACAUACUGUAACAUACUGUAAUAAUGUUGAAAUAAUAGAGCUUUAGGGUUAGGUUUAGAGAUUGUGGUCAGGGGUUCAAUUUAAGAAAACACAGUUUUGGAUUAACGCGGAACAAACAACACAUAGGGAACUACAAGGACAUGAGGGAAGCGUCUCUCAUUGGUGGGUGUAUAACUCGUAAAAAUUAACUCAUACUAAUGUGAUGAAAUAAUUCGUUAUUUAAUCUUUGUAGGCAAGUUAUUUUUAUUUUUUUUGCUUCAAGAUUGGGGUAACACAUUAGUUUAGGGAUCAGAAAUUAGACUGUAAUUCAUGACUAAUAAUUACACUUGUAAGUGACUAAUUAUGGACUUGUUUGGCAUUACAAUGUAUUUACUAAACCUUUACUGGCUGAUUUCUUAUUCCAACAUUAUAGCCCCUUCAUAUUUGCUUUAGUCAUAACAAUGAAUUUCUUAGUUAAAAACAAAACAUAUCAAUAGCUAGUAUGGUGCAAAAUACAUAUUUGAAAGCUUCUUAGUACUCUGUGUGAAUGUGCGGCUUAUAAGUAUGAAUUACAUGUAGAAUGCAUAUUUUAUUUCUACAAAGAAGGUUAGGUUUAGGGUUAGGGUAAUGGGUUGAUGUAGAGUGUUUGUGGGACUCUAAAUAAACACAAUAAACAUGCUGCAGUGAUGCACCUAUACUGUAUGGUAGUAUGUAAUUAGGAGUAAAAAUACAAUCUAACACUAUUUGCCCUUAGUGCAAAGAUGAUGCUUUUUGUUGCCGUUUACACUAAGCAACCAAGGUCUCUGCCCUCUAUAUUUAUUUUAUACUUAGAAGUUGCACAUUCACAUAGAGUAAUGAGAACUUAUAAAGGAUGUAUUUUGCACUUUACAAUCUAUUGGUAUCUAAUAAGGUCAUUGUAGUACAAAAACAUCUGUAAAGAGGCUAUUAGGCAAGGGUAAGAAAUCAGCGAACAAAGGCCUAAUAAUUCAGACAAGUCCAAUUAUUAGUCAUUAAUUACUGUCUAAUUUCUGAUCCCUAAAAUAAUUUGUAUGCCAAAAAAAUACAAAAUAAAACAUUUUAGGUAGGAAUUAUGCUCAACACUAACAGUAAUUAAAUACAAUUACAGUCAAAUGUUUGGACACAAACUAGAUUUUAGUCCAAUCUCAAGUAUCGCAAGACUGAACAAAUGGCAUGGGGAAAUCAAUGACAAACUAAAUCCAUGGCAAAUACACAUUGUUAUAUAAAGUUUUUAUAAGUCAUUCAUAUUAAUGCAAAAGAGGAUUGAAUAAAUUAAAACUAUUAUCAUUUCACUUCAGAAUAGAUCCUGGUAUUAAAGUUGUGACCUGUAGGAGUUUUUAAAAGAUGGUGCCAGAAGGGCAAACUAUGUCUGAGUCAUUUGAGGCUCCUCCUCUUUUCAGCUGCACAAGACAUAAAGCACAGCAAUGCAAAUGAAACUCAAACAAAUACCUAGAGAAAUUCAAAUGAGCACAUUCUGCAGAUCUACAAUGAAAGCUGAAAGCAGCCAGUCUAUAGUGCAUCUGAAUGAAUCCAAGACCUGGUUUCAGUCUUUCUGCAGCACUGUUGCAAUUGGUCUACGGAUUAGGAAGCCUGAGAUGAACACUUCAUGCAAUGGUGAUCUCAACAAAAAUGAGACAGAAGAGAAAAGUGAGCUCCGGAUUGUUCUGGUUGGAAAGACGGGAGUGGGAAAAAGUGCAACUGGAAACACCAUUCUAGGAGAAAAGGUAUUUGAAUCCACCCUCUUAGCUGGAUCUGUAACAAAAAAAUGUAAAAAGGAGUUUAGGAUUAUCAGUGGAAGAAAAAUUUCAAUUAUUGACACUCCUGGUCUUUUUAACACACGCAUGAGCAAAGAGGAGGUAGAAAAAGAAAUAAAGCAGUGUAUAUCUUUUUCUGCUCCAGGUCCACAUGCCUUUCUAGUUGUAAUUAAAUUAGAAAGAUUUACAGAAGAGAAUGCAAAAACAAUAGAAUACAUAGAGAAAAUAUUUAGUAAGACAGCUUUAAAUUAUACAAAGGUACUGUUCACUCAUGGAGAUCAACUUGAAGGACAGGACAUUAAAAAAUUUGUGCACAGCAACAGAGAACUGCGAACAGUACUCAGAAACUGUGAGGGGCGGCUUUUUGUGAUUGACAAUAAAAAGCAGGAUUCAGCACAGGUUAAAAAGCUACUAGAUCAAAUUGAUGAAAUGGUUAGUGAUAAUAAUGGAGAACACUACACUAAUGACAUGCUUCAAGAGGCAGAGAGAGCAAUUGAGGAAGAGAAAAAACGGAUCCUGAAAGAGAAUGAAGAUAAAUUGCAGAGGGAGCUUGAGGCUCUAGAUUAUAAAUAUCAAGGUGAAAAACUAGAGGAAAUGAAAAUGCAAUUAGCAAAGAUACAGGAGGAAAAGGCAAGAAUUGAACCUGAGAAAAAUUAUUCUUUCCUUUGGAAUGCACUUAAGAUAGCCGUCAAUGUCAUAAAAUUAUGGUUUUCGUCCUAAAAGUUUAGUAUGAUUUUAAAUCAUUACAUUUUCCCAAAGAAGUAUGCUCUCCACUGACAUUGUAGCAGAAUCUCAGAAGAGAUUCAAAUGACGGUACUUAAAUAAUCAAAUGUACAAAUAGGGAAAUGAAAGAUUGACUGGUUUUAUUUUGUUAUUAUUGUUUUUGCAUGAAAAAUAUUAAUAACCAUUUUAUUUACCCAAGAUUAUUUUAUUUUUUUACAGAGAGUAUAAUUGAUUGUUACACUGCAUUUAGAAACCUAAGUUAAUAUGUAUUGCUGAACUGAUUAUUACAAGUAUGGGAUGAAAAUAUUGGUCUGAUAAUCGUUGAAAUGUUUUGAUUAUUGUUUUAUUGAAUUCUUUUUGGUGAAUUGGUACUGAAAUGUUUUCAUAAAAUGUUUUCUUUCACUAUGCCUGCAAUUAUGGGUCCCUUGGCUAAUUUGUACUCCGGGCCCCAAGCCCCCACCCCCAAUUAUCUUAUCUUAUUGCCACGUGUAAAAACAAUCAUUAUCAAGAAGCAUAAAAAUUAUUGCAUAUUCAAUAAGGGACAGUAAAGAACUGAAUUUGAACAGUUUAUUAAAUUAGCUGAAAUUAUGCAUUUAUAACUACUGUAUUUACAAAUAACUAUAUAUACAGUACAAGUAAUUAACACCAUUGUACUCUCUCUCUCAUACAAAGACACUACAGAAACUCUGUCUGGAUGUUUUAUAAGCUGUCGAAUUGUAAUGUAUUAUUCCCCAAGUGCAAAUUGAUGAUUAAAAUUAUUUUUCUGACAACAAAAUCUUUGAUCAGAUCAAAUCAAGCUGUCUUGCUAUAUUGUGUUCAAUAGACAGCAUGGCCAGAACAUUUAGUCUUUCCUGACACAUUGUUGAUCGGAGGAAGUUCUUUACUAGAUUAAGCUUACUGAAUGUUCCCCGUCUGUCGCUCUCUCCACGUUGUGUCGGAGAAGUGACACUA